AUGAAGAAACGGACGAUAUCCAAAAUCAAAUCACUAUUUGGUUCUAAAAAAGGUAAACGGCAAAAAAAUCAAGAACAGUCAGCGAAGUCGUCCCGUUCCCCUUCUCCAGAGCCGGCGGGGGAAACCUCACCUUGCGAGUCAUAUAGGCCUCUGCUGAGGACUCCCUCGCCGAGACAUGUUGGUCCACCGCCCUCGCCCCCAGUCCCGACAAAUCCUGUGGCACCCGUGGCCCCCGAACCUGCAGGACCUUUGCCGCUCAUGCCGUGUCCGGUAUGUGGUCGGACGUUUGUGCCACAAUCAUUGGCCAAGCACGUUAAAAUUUGUGAGAAAAUGACGGUCAAGAAACGAAAAACAUUCGACUCGUCGAGACAGCGACGUGAAGGCACAGAUUUGGAACAGUACUUGCCAAAGAAUUUCGGUCUUCCAGAGAACAGCCCGUUCCUCGAGAAAAGUCCGCCGAACACUGCCAAGGUGACAGCGAAACCUAAGACGCAGUCUGUCCGGAGCACUAUAACGAAGCCAAUGGCUGAGCUGCAGAAGUGUCCGCACUGCGCGCGCGCGUUCGGCGUGCGUGCGUUCGAGCGGCACGUGGAGUGGUGCGCGGACAAGGCCAAGAUCCUGCCCGCCGCCGCCGCGCAGCCGCCGCCGCACAUCGCCGACGCCAAGCAGCGCCUCAACGCGCGCACGCAGUACAAGGCGCCGCUCGUGCGCGCCAGGAGGUCGUCUCAAUCUCGAGAGAAGACAUCCAACAGUCGGUCCACGUCAGUGGACUCGUCGCGCGGCGUUUCGCCGCCGCCGCGGGAGUUCGGCGACUACAAGCAGGGACGGACUCGGGCAUCAGAAUCUAUGUCGAGUAAUGACUGCCACGAAGAUGCUUCAACGCAUGUCCCAGUCAUAAGAAAUUCGAGAACAUCUCAAAACAAUUCAGGCGACGCCAACGUAAAAGCACGACAAGCUAGACUUGCUAGAGAUCUCAGUAGUACUAGAAACACCCAAGAUCCAAAGAUUUCCUCGAUCCAACAAAGUAAUACCGAUCCUAAUUUACCCAAAGUUCUUCAAAGUAAACAUAAAAACAAAGUGAACGUUAAGAGAAAACAACAAUUAAAAAAACUUGAAGAAAUUGCAAAUAAAUAUAACAAUAGGCAGGAAGAGAUCACAAAAGAAAAAAAUAAAUUGCGUAAAAAUACUAAUGAAGAUGAUGAAGGUAAAAGUCAUAUUCCAAUUCUAAAGAAGACAGUUGUGAAUCACAAAAACAAAACGAAAAUGGAGACUAUGAAAGGCAAAGCAGAAAUGACCAAGGAAGAACGAAAAUUAUCUUCUUCAGUAAAUAGAGCUAAAACAGAAGGAGCUCCAGUUACAAUAAAACAACAAAAUGAAAAUUCUGCUAAGUCCAGGAAAUUAAAAUCGGUGACAAAAAACUCUACGACGAAAGAAAUCACCCUGAGUCUUGAUAGCCUGGAAGAUGUUCAACAUGAUAAGACUAACGACAAAAAUUUUCAGUCAAUUGGUAUUAAUACGGAACUUCUUUGUCCUUGCGUCCCGUGCGUAAUUUAUAACUGUCCGGAACAGAAGAAAACAGAAAAGCUAAAAACAAAAUCUAAUGUAAACGAAAGUAAAAGUACCAAGAUAAAUAAACACUAUUCUGCACCUUCGAUAGAACUUUUGUAUAAAAAUCCCAACGUAAUCAGUUCAUGUGAUUUGCAAAUCAAAGAUAUUACAGAAACACAAUUAAAGUGUAUUGAUAUUAAUACCGAUAUUCAUUACGAUUCCUCCUCAAUUAAUUCAGGUUCGAGUAAUAGUUUUCCAAAUAAAACCCAUUAUGAUUGUGAAGAAACAAACGCUAAAGAAGAAAACACUAAAAUUAUUGAAGUGAAUAAUAAACAACCAUCCAAAGAAUUAUGUGAAGAAAAGUAUGAAGAUUUAAAUAAUCUUUCAGCGGAGGAAUAUGAAGAAAGUUACGAACCCGACAUCAGUGCCGAAAUGUCUAAUGAUUCUAUUGAAAAUGAUGACCAGGCCCAAAGUAAAGACAUAAGUCGACACGGUAGUGGAGAUACUUACACAAAAUUUUCCGAAUGUCCUGCCGACUUAGAAGAGUUUUAUAAUUUGACUGAUAAAAUUAUAUCCACUAAAACAACUAAAGAAGAAAAGCUCGAUAAAGAUCUUGAUAUGCUUCAUACACCUAAUACUAAUUCUAUUGAAGCUUUAAACAAAAACGAUUCAUGUCCUAAACUUUCAAAUCUUAGUAAACAUCAGUUUUCCGAUACGCUAGAAGAAUUAAAAAGUAACUUAAAAGAAAUACUAAAAGAAACUAAUAGUGCUAAUGCUGAUUAUGAUUUAGCAUCUAACAACAUUAAGAAUGUACGUAAUAUGGAACAUAUAAGUGUUUUUGAAGUAAACCUUUAUGAAAAAGGACCUAAUGAAAACACAGAACAACUGAACAAAGCUCAAACUGAAUUUAAAUUGCCAUCAAUUACGGAAACAAAUAAUAUGAUGAAAAGAGACGAACGUUUAAGCAAUACAUUGACAAGACCAAAAAUGAGUAGAAAAUAUAAAGGUUUUAAUAAACAAAGUCGUAACAAUAUUGAGUACAAAACUUUUAUCGUUCGAGAUAAUCAAGAUGACAACAGUGACGUCCACUCUGUUUCUUCAGAGGCACCACCAUUGAAACUGCCGAGAAUUGAAGUAAAAAGCAGUAACAAUGUUAAGGGCGAAAACCUUUUCCCGUCUUCCGUUAAACGUUCCACAUCCCUCCUUGAUUCCAUUCAGAAGAAAAAUACGCUAAAAGCGGAUACAAAGAAGAACCGCCUCAAAGCAGACCAACUUGAACAGGACAUUAUGCAGUCUCUCAAAGACUUCGAUAAAUUUUAUGAAUCUGAACAAAUAGAGAAUGACCAGUCUAACAAAGAAAUUGUUAAUUGUGCUAAAAAUAAAUAUAACACGACUAAAAAAGAAUCCAGAAUGAAAACCGAAAGAAACAACAACAAAAACGAACACAUCUCAAAUGGCCAAUUUACACCUAAUGGAAAGUCGAGCAACGAUUCAGCUUAUAGCAGGUUAGUCAGCCUAAACAGGAUAUCACCUUCAAAACUAUCACUAUGUAACUCCAAAGAGUCAAACGGCCCAGUACCCUUAGCACAAACACACGUCGGCACUGACUCUGUAAGGAGUCACAAAGACGAAGUCAGGUCUAUCUCCAGUGAAGAGUUCCUAGCGAUGGAACGCUCAGCUGAACUGAACGAGCCAUUGCCCAGAGUUGACGCACAACACAAAGAUUUAGGCAGCAGUCACACAAUAAACGAAAAGCGUGCCAGUUCCCGAGCAUCGUCACAGCGCAGCCCCACGUGGCGAUCACGCCAAGACCUCAGCUCCAGCAGUUCGGAGAGUUCCCUGCACAGGGCGAAGGAAACCAGCCCGCUGCCGCGACUCUCGCGCUUCUGCCACGAGUGCGGCAACAAGUUCCCCGUCGACACUGCCAAGUUUUGUAUCGAGUGCGGUGUCAAGAGAUUGGUCGUGUAG